AUGUCUGCUACACUCGACUGUGCAUUGGAUUCAAAUCUUGCUUCCCGUAUACAGUCCAAUCCCGCAGAUGAUCCACUUGUCAUGUAUAUUGUUUUAAGAAAAGAUCUGGCAAAGACAUGGCCAUCGGGAAGUAUGGUAACUCAGGCCUGCCAUGCAGUCACAAAAGUCCUUGCAAAGCACCCAACAGAUUCUAGAGUGGUCGAGUACCUUGACAAGUUGGAAACUAUGCAUAAAGUGGUUCUUGGAAUCAAAAAUCUUGGCCAGUUGAGGAAACUGCAGGAGUUAAUGUGCGAGGCUGCCAUGGACCAUGAGGAAUGGGUUGAAUUGCCAGAAGACACUGUCACUGCUAUUGCAACUCUGCCAUAUCGGAGAUCAGUUGCUCUUCCCUUUUUCAAAACUACCAGAUGCGAACUGUACAAGAACUAG